AACUGUUUUUGUUUGUGGCUGUGUGUUAGUUUGUCAUUUGUCAUUUGUCUGGCAUAUUUAAGACAAGACGGUGUUGGCUCUUCGUUGCUAUUACAGAGCUUUAUAGUUGUUGCUUGCUUCUUGACACGAUGCAAAACGUUAUCUGAUUAGCUGUAAGCUUACCUGUGGUGCAGACCACACGUUUAGACCACAUCUACAUCAUCAUGAAAUCAUGUCUUGUUUUUUCCCCUAUGACUUGAUUGUACCCAGGAUAGAGCAGUGGUGUAAUGUGUGUUAGAAAAGGAAAGAGUUUGUGCCCGAGAGUGAGUAUGGAGGCACUGCGUACGAGAGAGUGUGUGUGGGUGUGUGUGAGGGAGUGAGUGGUAUGCAUGUUCUAUGUUUGUGUGUAUUUGUGUGUGUGAGUGUGUUUGCUGAGGCCCUGCAUGGGUUCUGGCCCCAAUCCGCUCAAAACACACUUCCUGCUUCUCCGAGCCUUGCCUGAUAGGGCUGCCUACCCCCUUAACAACACACACAGGCACAGACACAAACACAGACUCAUACUCACACAUAUAACCACAUGGUUGAUGUUGAUAUAUGACAUGGGUCACAGAGCAUCUGAUUAUAUAGCAGAACUGUGGUGACCAUCAUGUUGACCUGCUGGAUGUUUUUUGCCUGGCUGCAGACUUGUUGCAUUUUUACAAAAGGUGUGGAUAUUGGGUCAUCUGUCCAGGUGUCAGAGAAAGAACUCCAACUUCUGGCGUCAGAAAAUGACCCUAAGUGUUUUAUGAGGACACACUAUGACUUCACAUGCUUUUGGGAGGAACUCAACAGAACCGGACAAUCUUAUCAUUUCAUCUAUGACCCAGGAAAUGGUGAUGGUAAGACACAGUGCGCUCUCACUCAGCGGACGACAGCAAACGGCACCAUUCUCCAGAUCUGCUCCUUCCCACAGUCCCAUGUCCUCUUGUUCCUCCCCAUCGACAUCUGGGUGGUGGAUGUGGUCACCAAUGUGACAGUCUUCCAGCGGAACGUCUACCCUUAUGAAAACCAAUUGCCAUGCCCUCCGAAGACUAUCUCUAUUCAAAGGACUGAGGAACCUGGGCAACUGCAAGUGAGGUGGGAGGCAGGGAUGAGUGACCAUGUUGAGAUCCGAUACUCCUCUCAGACACAGCCAGAGAGGAAAAAAGUGAUGAAAUCAUCCUACACAGACAAUUUUGUGCUGACGUCCCUUGCUCCUGGAGAGGUGUGCUCGGUGCAGAUGAGGGUGAAGCUCGAAGGAGAGGGGUUCUGGAGCGACUGGUCCGAGCCUGCCACGGCCAUGGUCCCUCAGAAAGCAGAGGCCACGGAGCUCCUAUGUCACACAGCUGACCUACAGAGGAUCCAGUGCCAGUGGAACAAACAAGCCCAGAUGAACGAACAUGCCUACAAUAAGGAGGUCUCGGUCUUCUACAGAGAAAAAGUGAGCAGUGGAUGGGGGGAUUGGAAAAUGUGUGCUAAGGACCACAUUAGCGCCCUGAGCUGUAGCUUUGAUGGAGAACAGUCUGGAGCAAUCCAGGUUAACCUCCAAGUUGGGUCUGGGCCACUCGAUCGAACAUUCUACACUGAGGCUUUGACAAUGCAAAACCGCAUUAAGACUGAACCACCGAGGGCACUACGGGGGGAGCCACAGGGAGAGAGGCUUCUCCUGCAGUGGGACGCUCCUGCUGAGAUCUUUGCACAGGACCUAAUAUAUGAAAUACGCUGCCGCUCCAAGGAUGAGAAAGCCUGGAAGCACUUUACAUGGCAGAGUCCGAAGACCAGCACAUAUCUAAAUGAACAAGCAGGCAGUCAAUACUUCAUUCAAAUCAAAGCCAAGCCUGAUGGUCCUUUCUACAAGGGAUACUGGAGUGACUGGUCUAACACAUUGACUGUUGACUUGCCCUCCAACAAUGGGUUGCUGUUCAUUGUGUGCAUUCCUCUUGCAAUCCUUCUCGUCUUAGCUGUCGCUGCGUCAGUGUUUUCACAAUACUUCAGUAAGGUCAAACAGUAUCUGUGGCCACCCGUCCCCAAACUUGACAAGAUGCUGGAGAGUUUUCGAACCGAGGGGCCCCAAUGGACAUUCAACAUUAAGCAGUGCGAUGACACACCUGCCUCAGUGGUGGAGAUACUGUCUGAAAUUCCUGCGGGCUCUGAUGGCAUUCAAGGAACCUCAGCCUGCACUUCUGCCCCAGAAGGAGGUUUCUACAGUUGGGUCACUCAGAAAGAAGACGGCCCGGCGGUGGACGGGUGUCUGGAAGCAGGCCGUGACUACGUGACCCUGAACACCGAAGUCAUUCCGUGUCUCCGGGGCAACGAGUAUGUGUACGGUGACAUACCGGUGUCGUGUUCGUGUGCAUUAGAGAUGCAAUGCCACUGCACCGACACUGAAACGCACACUUCCACCGUCCCGGGUCUCGCCGCAACCAGCAUCCUCAACCACUCGUAUCAGUUGCUGCCUCAGCGAGCAGACAACUGGAAGAGUGAGAACAUCACCGCUCGCUACUCCAACUUGGACUCUGCACCGGGAACCGCCUGAAGGCUUCAGACAGAUGAAAAAAAAAAAUCAAAUACAUACACAGAACAGUAUGAACUGGGCAGAGCGACAACCUCAUCUUUUACAAACGUAUUUUUUCCCCCUACGGUUUAGCAAUCCUAAGGCUUGUAUCGGGUGCAAACAGUCCAGUUAGAACAAGACUGCCUUAAUAAUCAACACUGGAUGAGAAGUAAUGAGUGUUCCAGAGUUCCAGACAUUACUACACCAUGAUUACAGAGAGUAGGAAGUGUAGGGAGCAGUGCAUAACCACAAAUAUCAUCUUUUAAUGUUUCUACCUUGUGCUGUGUAGCAUAGACUUUGUGAUGCAACAAAGAAAUAUUCUGUAUAUGAUUAAGAAACAUUUAAAUCUGUGUAAAUAUUCUUUAAACUACUACCUACCUGUUGGGACAACAAUGUAAAAUGUUAUUCUAAGCGAUUUAGCUUUCUGUCCUUUUGUGGAAAAACAUGCUAAAGCUACCCAUGCUAAAGCUACCCAGAGCAAUAUGCACACAAGUGUAUUCUGAAUAAGAUAUAACUGUUUAUACAAUUAAAUAUGCUUUUUUUAAAUUGAAAAUUCUUCUUUUUUUCCCCCUUCUGUAAACCAUAUAAACUGUUACCUUCUAAUAAACUGAAUUAAAAGCCA